CUGACUGGGACAGCAGGCAGAGAUACAAUCAUCUGCUUCUAACACGCCAGGAGCGCAACAUAUACACGUGUUAUAGCUGCUAUACGAUCCUUUACCAGCCAGUGAACUCUUUCCCGACGCCGAACGUUAAAUGCCGUGGCUGGUCUAAGGGGAAUGAGGACUAAUACCAAAAGCAACAACACUGGCUUCUUGUCUAAACAACUAGCUAGCUAUGUAGCUGCAGAGCUAGCUAGCUAGCUAGCUAGCUAUAUCUGCAACAUAGCCGUUUUCGUAGGUUACUAGUUAGCUAUCUAGCUAUAGCCACUCCAGAAAGCUUUGGUUAAAACAUUGCGGGUUUGCUUUCAUUUAUUAUUCCUGCACCAAGCAACAAGCUUACACAAGCAAAGCGCCGGUCUCCAGUUACACCCUGACCCGAAAAUGGCCACGGAUCCACUUGUCUGGUUUCUUGCAGAGCCCUGAUGAUAAACAAGACCUUAUCAGUUCAGCACUUCAUUGAACACUUAUUCUGCUUAAUCCUGUUAAUGUAGUGUAAAGUAGUUCAGUAUGCAGAUUCUUAUAUGUGUAUUUCAUCUUCAAGCCCUUUCUGAAACAGCCACGUUAUUUUUCAAAUGGGGAAGACUGUCAUCACUUUUUUUGGUCCAUAAAUAGUCCUGUGUAAAGCUUUACCCCAUGAACAGAGCGUGCCUUCUCCUGACUUCAUCAGUUUGUGACAGUCACUUGAUCCUUGAUCAGAAGGUUUUAGUGAUUUGUCUGCAAAUCAGCUGCUCAUUGAGUCAGUUAUGAACGGCUCCUUAUUAACCCCACCCAGCCCACGGGCUGCAGCAAACUCAUCCCCUCUUCCUCCAUCCCCAUCUCCCUCGCCAUCUCCUCCAUCUCCUUCAUUGCUGCCCCUUUCUGUACGUCCCCCACCGUUACCCCCUCCGGCUUCUGGCCAGCCUUUGUCUUCGCUGUCUGAUACACCGACUCCCUCACCUUCUCCCUGCCUUAGCUGGACCGAGUUCUGUGAGCUUCAUGCCCGGGUAGCUGCUGGCGAUUUUGCCCGUCACUUCAGGGCCUUCCUCCUGGAGAAUCCACAUUAUUCGCCCGAUUCUGCUGCUGCUUUCUGCCGUCGCUUCACUGACCGAUUUGUUUGUCAUUUUGAGAGCGAACUUGAGGGAAGCAGUGCAGUCAGGGAGGGUACAGGGAUUUGGGUCACUCAGUCUGAUGGCACGUCGCUGGAGGAAGAGGCAACGUCUCCACCACUUUUGCCACCUGAUGCUCCUGCAAUCUGCCUGCCGAUACACCUAAGGGCUCCGCCCAAGCCACUUUCGGCUCGGCAGGGUUUGGACACUCGAGGAGCAGAUAGAUUUCAGAAUCCCACUGCUUACCAGGACUCAUAUGCUCAUGCGCAAAUUCUGCCACCUUCUUCUUUGUCUUGUUCAUCUUCAAUGCAUGGGAACAAUGGUCGAAGGGAAGACAGGGCAUUGACGGUUAAGAAGUAUCCUGGCCACUUGCCUGGCAAUGCAGACCUGGAGGAAGAGGAGGACAGUUGGGUGGGACCUGUGACAGGGGAAGAGGCAGAGUCAGACGAGUUAGUGGGGAAGGACUGCGAGGGAGAGGGUGGUAUUCUCACGGACAGACCUGAUGGCAGCCUGACACCAAUAAGCCCUACUUCUGGGGGACCACUAAACUCCGGGUCAAAGGGCAGCAUCCCUGGUGCAGGUGGUCACUCCAAAAACAAGCUAAAGAAACGUUUUUCUCUGCGAAACGUGGGCCGCAGUGUGCGGGGCAGUGUGAGAGGUAUCCUGCACUGGCGAAGCUCCUCUAGUGACUCGCCUCAAAGCUGUGGCUCGGCUAAUGCCACGCCACUGCCCUCCAGCUACAGCUACACUAUGGGCCUGCAGGAUGCCAAGAGGAACGCUCAAGGUGCCCCAUCCUCGCUUCCCGUCUCACUUUCUCUCCCCCUCUCACUCCCGCACUCAUCCUCCUCCUCCCUGCCACCAUCGUCAUCCAGCAGCGCCACCUCCCUCUCUCUCUCUGAAGCUCGUGAUCGGAGGAGGAGUAACGGAGAAGGUGAGAAAGAAAAGUGGACCCACCGGCUAGAGAAGCUGCGUCUGUCCCGCUCUCCACCACCAACCCUACAAGCACCUGUGGGGCCUACAUCUGCCUUGUUGCCCUCUUCCCUACCUUCUAGGAAGACAGGCAGACUUGUACGAGAGGGAGGAGUGAAUGUCUGCUCCUCCGCAGAUGAAUUUUCUGGCUCUCACGGCUUUCCAGGCUUCUCGUUCGGGUUGCUCUACCAUGGCAUGGACAGUAAUAAUGCCGUCUCUGGCUCCACUUCGGAGCAAGCUGGUGGAAUGCCUCCUCCAGUAACAGGAGGGGCAAUAGCUGGACGAGGCACUCGCUGGCAUAAGUGUCGACUGGUUUUGAAGGAGCGAGACAAGGAAGGAGGCGAGAGAGGAGAGGAGUACUUCCUAGAGUUUUACAUACCGCCCAAGGCUUCCAAGCCCAGACUGACUAUCCCAUGCUGCUGCAUUUUAGACAUCAGGAGCACAACAGCUCUUGAAGUACCGGACAAAGAAAACACUUUUCUUCUGCAGUUGGAAGGACAGGUUCAGUAUGUCAUUGAGACCAGAGAUGCUGUUCAGAUGAGAGCCUGGCUAAGUGACAUUAGAAACAGCAUCUGUCUGAGUGAGCAAGAGGACAUCGAGGGAGUGUGUGGUGGAGCCCAGACGGACCUCAGUAGCACACCGGAAUUCAGUGAUCGUCUGUCUCAAGUGUGUUACGGUGGAGUGGGGGGUUCUCCACUGCUGGACGCUCUUCCUCCUGAGUUGCCACCCCGCGCCCCUCUAGAUGAACCCGAUGGUCGGCUGCUUGGAGGAGGCGGAGCUAGUCUUGGCAUGUCAUUUCCAGAGACGCCUGAAGCCACAGGCUCCUUCCUGAUCUCUGAGGGCUCAACUGCAGAGCCUGUAGAGCACCCAUUAAGUGAGUGUCAGUGGUUCCACGGCACGUUGUCACGACUGAAGGCGGCCCAGCUGGUGUUGGCAGGCGGCAUGGCAAGUCAUGGCGUCUUCCUUGUGCGCCAGAGUGAGACGCGGCGCGGGGAGUAUGUCCUCACCUUCAACUUCCAAGGCAAAGCGAAGCACCUUCGCCUUUCUCUGAACGAGGAUGGCCAGUGUCGUGUGCAGCAUCUCUGGUUCCAGUCUAUCUUUGACAUGCUGGAGCACUUCCGAGUGCAUCCUAUCCCCCUGGAGUCAGGGGGCGCCUCCGAUGUCACACUCAUCAGCUUUGUGGGCGCCACAGCUGCGCGGCAACCAGACAUGAUCAGCAGACCCCGUAGCCCCCCUCAGCCUCCGCCUCCCCCUCUCCCACCAGGGCGCCCUCCACCACCCACACCACCACAGGAGCGUGUAACCGACGUGGAGGCCGUAGGAGGAGGAGCGGCCAGCGGGCCAGAGGAAUGUGAGGAGCGUGAAAGGGACGCGCCUUUAAGACAGUUGGAAGGAGCAGAGGCCGAGGAGAGAGAGGGAGGCCGGGCCCGAGCCAUUGACAACCAGUACUCCUUCUUCUGAGGAGCAGAAGAGGAGAGCCAGUCACAAUCAGUAUUUUUCACUUCAUAGGAAGAACUCAAGGGUAUGGGGGGGGAAGCAUUACUAACACUAUUAAAAAAGGCUUUCAAAGGAUGAGAGAGAUAUGGAGGGAGAUACAUACACACACACACACACACUGUUCAUUGAAACUACAACAUAGAAACACUAAGUAACAGUACACUAAGUGGAGAUUAGCUGAGGAAACGUUUGUUAAUGUUACACUACAUUUAUUUUUCCAUUGUAUUUCAGUAUUAAAGGUGUUUCUCAUUGUUCUGUUAUAUAGGACGGUACGGUCCUUCAGCUUCGUGCAAUCACACUGGAUGGUACUCGACCACCACGUGGUGCUAUCAUUUAUACACAGAUUUUUCAGAUAACAUACCCAGCAGCACUCUAUUAUGCAAUUUUUUUUCGGUACAUUUGCUUUGUUUUGUCAUUUUGUAUUUGUUGUUUUAUCCUUAGAGCAACUGUCACUGACGAAUCGUGAUUUUUGCAGUUUAUUUCAGUGCUAGACCUCACACAGGACUGCUGCUUGCCAAAAUAACCCAAACUCAUCAGUGAGGCAGACCAGAUAUAAAACAUCUCCAUUGACAUCAUUACCUCAGUGCCCUCGGGCUGUAAGUACGACUGCUGAUCUGAGAUCUCAGAAUCCUUAAUAAUUAAAUGAAUUUAAAUUGGCUGAUCCCAGAUCAACAGUCCUACAGUGAGAUGCUUGAGGUGUACGAGGCCUGAUGUUUCAUCCACAGCUUUGCUGGAGGCUGCUCAAGAUUAUUUUUCAACCAAAUCACAGUGUCCCAUCUGUGGUAUGCUGACAUUCUUACCACCUUGAUAGCUGUGUUUGAGUUACUUCAUUGGAUCUGUUUGGGGAAUAAGACAGAAGACAAAUGAAUUUGGUCACAAUCAGAUUUAACUGGAAACUAAAGUUGUGUGUACAUGCCGAUUUCUAUUGUGAAAAUGGGUUGUUUUAUAUAAUUGUUAGAUCAUCAGCUGAUCAAAGGCAAAGCACACACAUGAAAGGUGAUUUGGUUCAAAAAUCCUGAACCUCUCUUUACUGUCAGGAGACAAUCUCUCUCUCUUUCAAUAUUUCACAAUUUUUUUUCUAUAUCCAGUAGCUGCAUUUUAUUCAUCUACAAUAUCUGUCUUUAUGAUGUCCCCCUCAGUCUUCUCUCUUCUCAGUCUCAGCAUUCUUACACACACACACACACACACACAAAUGCACACACACACACAUCUGCACACUGUUUUACUUUUAAUCAUUUCAAAGGUUGAGUCAAGAGAAGGAAGAAUGUCAUUCAUGUACAUGAGAAUUUAUUUCUUAUUGAAUAUAAGAAUAAGGAAGACCUUGAUAAUUGAUAGUAAUAAUUGUCUAAAUAAUAGUAUUUUAGUAUUAAUUUUAUUUUUUAUGUUGUUUUAAAAAUGCCUUUGUUGUAUGUCGUUUACUUUAUGUAUGCAUAAUAUUGUUCUCCAUACUGAGUUUCAAGUUUUUGUGCCUUUUUUUUUUUUUGUAUAGCUUGUGAUCUCCCCCAGCCUGUCCCACACUAGUUUCUCUUUUAUCUCGUUACAGUUUCUUCUUAUUUCCAAAAGGUUUUUUUUUUGUUCUUUUCUUUUUGUUCUUUUCUUUCUUUUUGUUCUUUUCUUUCUUUCUUUCUUUCUUUCUUUCUUUCUUUUCUUUUCUUUUCUUUUCUUUUCUAUUCUUUUCUUGUAAACACCAGGACAAAUGGCACUUAAAUCCUGUGCCUUCCCAUGUUGUUUUGUCAUCAUUUAUUCUGUUGUUGUCAUCUUUGGUUUUGUCUCCUAGUCCUUUCCACCUUCCUCCUUUAUCGAUAUCCUUAACAACCACAUCCCUUCUUGUCUUUUUGUAGUUUUUUUUUUUUUUUUUUUUUUUUAAUACCAAUGGAUCACCCUUAAACUAAUUUUAUUUUUUAGUUUUAUUCUCUUCCCCUUCUCUUGACUUUUGAACUACUAUUUGUGCCUUCUCUCUCUCUCACCCUCUCCCUUUCUCUCUCUCUCUCUUUGUCUUUCUUUUUCUCUGUGCUGGGACCGUGUGUUGAGGUGGACUGUGUUGCCCACCAUGUGUAAUUAGUUUCAGGUACUACAUUGAAUUUAAUAAUAAUAAUAAUAAUAAUAAUAAUAAUAAUGGUACAUGACAAUGGUGAUAUAAAUAUACUGAAACAUGUUUUGGAGUCUCGUGUUUGUGUUAACCUGCGAUAAAGUUCAUGUGAAGAAGGUCUUACCAAGUAUAUUGAUGUGUGUUAUGUCUUUAGUCUGACUAGAGGUUAAACAAUGUGAUUAUUUCAUAAAAAGACAUCAGGAUACCAUGAGAAUUAUUUGAAAGACUGAAUUUUUAUUUACAAGGAGAGUAUUUGACAGUGUGACAUUUCAUAGCUGAAUCACAGAAUGUCAUUGUUGCACUAUUUAUAUCAGCUUGUUUUCUUAGUAAACCUGAUUCAAAUCAUAUGCUCAUAAACAAGCCUUUUAUCAGA